CUAUUUAAGAUUAGUAUAAUAUGCUGUAUUAACUGUGGCAUUAGAAACAGGAGCAGGUACUAGUCUUUGCAUUGGGAAUAUGUGCAGAUAAUUAUACAAUGGAGAGUUAUACAGCAUCUUGUUAUGAAUUUCUCCUUAAUAAAAGUAUCAGAGUGCAGAAAAUUUGGAUUGAAGCAUGUAUUGAAUGGGUUCAAGAAGAGCAAAAGAAAUUGCCACUGAAACAUGAGCUGUUCAGCAUUCUUUAUGAGCAAUGGUUAAUGGCUGACUUAAGAGAAGUUGCAGAGGGAGUUCUUCCAUCUUCAUUAAAUAAAGGAACACAUACAUUAAAUGGAUUAUUUGCAUUGCAGGUGAAUUCUGCAGUAGAUAUAGGUCAUUCAGCAUACUCACAGCUACAAAAGACUAAAGGACAAGAAAUCAUUGAUACAGGUAAUGAAGAUAUCAAUGAAUUCUUUAGCAAAGGAGCAAAUGACAAAGCAUCAAUUAUUGACACUAAAUGGAAAGAAGUAUCAUCACAAAUGUUAUUGCUUGAUAUCACUGAUGGUUCAAGUACUGUCGAAGCAAUUGAGUAUCAACCAUUUAAAGAAAUAAAUCAGGAUAGUUUCCAGCCUGGUUGUAAGGUAUUGAUCAAGGGUCCAGUUCAAUGUAGAAACAAUCUUAUACUGUUGAAGCAAGAAAAUAUUCAAUUAUUGGGUGGAAAUGUAGAAAGCUUAUUGGAGAGCAAUACCAUUGAAAAUUUGCUCUGUAAAGUACUAAAAACGGACCAUGACACUGACAUAAAGCCAAAUGUUAGAAGUGAAUCAAAUAAUAAAGGUGAUAUAAAGAAAGAAACUAAUGAAAAAGUGUUACAUAAGAAUAACAAAAAUAAAACAUCAGAAAAAAUAUUUUCUGUCGAUAAUAAAAAUAUAAACAUUCCAAUGAACAAAGAUAUAAUAAAUUGUAAUUUGGCUGCGAAACAAUAUACAUUACCAAAAAAAAAUCAAAGUUUAAGUAAGUCUAUCAAAACAGAAAUAGCAGAUGACUUUUUUGAAAAUGAUAUGCUUGAUAACUUUCCUCUAGAAGAUUUGGGGCUGCUAGAAUAUUCUCAACCAAAAAGUGCUAAAUUGAACUUAAUAGAAAAAAAAGUAAAUAAAACUUCCAGCAUCUCUCCAAAACAAUGUUUCUUAAAAAAUAAGGUUUUGUGCUCAAAUGCAACAUUAAAUAAAAACAAUAACUCACAUUUAAAUGAUAAUAACUUCAAUAAGAAAUAUGAACAAGAUAAUAUAGAUUGUGAAUUAGAUGUUGAUGCUGAUUUAUUCUUAGAUGAUGUUGAUAUAAUUUCAAAUUUAAACUGCAAGAUAUCAAAAGAUAAAACUAGUUGCAAAACAUCUAGUAAUCAAACAAAAAUAGAGGAAAGUGAGGCCAAGACUAAGGUGGAAUCAAACUAUAACAGUUUGUACAGGAAUCAAAAAGAUAGUUCAUGUGCAAAAGAUUUCCACAUGGCUGAAAAAGAGUAUGACAGUUUAUCAGAUUUUGUUGAAAAUAAUUCAGUCAACACUGUACUAAAUGUUAAAUGUUGGUUUCAAACUUUAACUUCAAAAUUAGAGUUUCAAGAUUUUUUUAAAAUAUCAGGAAUAAUCACAGAUGGAAUCAAAAAUAUUGAAGUGGUAUUGACUGACAAGGUGUUAUUUUCUAUUAUUGGAUAUUCUUCAAAAGAAGUUUUGGAAGCUGUAAAUGGAAAAUUACCGUCAUCACGUAAAUCGAGCAUAAAACAGGCACUUAAAAAUGCAGAACAGCGUUUGGAAAAAGGAAAGUGGUUAGCAAAAAUAUGUUGUGAUAUAAAUAACAUUUACAAUAUUUUGGAGAUGACACAGAUCAAUUGAAGUCUUGAAAAAAAUGAAUAUUGUUUUAGCUUGAAUAUUUUUAUUAUAUAUAAACUUUUAGAUUUAA